UCUAGGAAUAUUCCAUGAACAAAGUCGAUCGCCUCCUAUGAAUUUCCUUAGUUUUCUCAGCCGAUCGAGAUAGAAAAUCCGUCAUUGAUAAUUCAUUCAUAUAUAAAUUAGAUCCUCCUUUCGUGAUUCUAUUCUCCUUGGUUGUUAUUUUCUUUAUCAUUGUCCAAAUGAGUUCUCUUCCGGGCUUGCUUGUGGUUAUUCUUCCACUUUUUUACAAUGUUGCAGCUGCUUGUUCUGAUGGAACGUGCAAGCUUCUUGAUGAGUGCUCGUCCGAUGGAGAUUGUGGCACUGGACUCUAUUGCUUUUCCUGUCCAUUUGGGUUUUUAGGCUCUAGGUGUGUGAGAUCAACUGUCACAAAUCAAUUCAAGCUCAUAAAUAAUUCUCUGCCAUUCAACAAAUAUGCAUUUUUGACAACGCACAACGCUUAUGCCAUUGAUGGGGAGCCAUCUCACACAGGCGUGCCACGAGUAACUUUUACCAAUCAGGAAGACAGUGUCACCCAACAGCUAAAUAAUGGAGUACGUGGACUAAUGCUAGAUACAUAUGAUUUUGACGGAGAUGUGUGGUUAUGCCAUUCAUUUGAAGGCCAAUGCCAUGACUUCACAGCUUUUGAACCUGCCCUAGACACAUUGAAGGAAAUUGAAGCUUUUCUAUCAGCAAAUCCAACAGAAAUUGUCACACUCAUCUUGGAAGAUUAUGUUCAUGCACCAAAUGGUUUGACAAAAGUCUUCACUGAUGCCGGUCUGAUGAAGUAUUGGUUUCCAUUGACAAGCAUGCCAAGAAAUGGUCAAGAUUGGCCUCUAGUGAGUGAUAUGGUUGCCAAAAACCAAAGAUUACUAGUGUUCACUUCUAUUGCUUCUAAGGAACAAAGUGAAGGCAUUGCUUACCAGUGGAAUUUCAUGGUUGAAAAUCAGUAUGGAGAUGGUGGUAGAAAAGCAGGAAGUUGUCCAAAUAGGGCAGAAUCAUCUCCCCUUAACGACAAAAGCAAAUCCUUGGUGUUGGUAAACUAUUUUCGAUCAACUCCAAUUAAACCAAUCACAUGUGAAGAUAACUCCGGAGAACUAAUUAACAUGCUACAAACUUGUUUUGGUGCUGCUGGCAACCGGUGGGCCAAUUUUGUUGCUGUUGAUUAUUAUAAGAGGAGUGAGGGAGGAGGAUCGUUUCAAGCAGUAGACACUCUCAAUGGAAAGCUACUAUGUGGAUGUGAUGAUGUUCAUACAUGCGUGCCUGGAUCAACAUCAGAAGCUUGCUCUCAAUCAUAGGAAAAAUCAUAGUAACAAGACCGACCAUCUGGAAAUAAUUCAGGCAUUAGAUUGUUGUCAAUUUUCAGUUGUUAAAACCAUUGUUGCUUGUCAUGAUCUCGUUGGUAAGGAUUUCUAAUCCAAGGCAGCACUAAUUAGAACAUCCAUUACAUUGACGAAAUGACCUUGGUAUUAAAUUCAAGAGCAGUACUAUUUCGUAUGAAAAAGUAUUUAUUUUAUUGGUUAUUUGUGAUUAAAAAAAUAUUACUAGUAAUUUGACAGAAA